AUGCCAACAGAAGAACCCCUUGAACUCCUACAAACAGCAGCAGGAGCAGAGAAAGGGAGAAACAUCCAUGACGUGGUCAAGGCUUCCACCGCCUCUCUUUCCUCGCCGUCUGGUGGUGUGGUAGAAGAUGAUGACGCCGAAUUGUCGGAUGAAACCAUCAACCGCUUUCUCCGCGAGGCCGAGGAAAGAAUGAGAGUCUCGUCUGCACUCUUGAAUUCAUCCACAGUCGUUAACAAAAUCUCUAUGACGAAAUUCCCUAAGCUCGACCCUGGCUCUGCUUUGGCAAACGCACCCAUCAAAUCCCAGGGUUCUGUUUCUAGAAUAUCGGAUCCUUCUAUGCUGGUAUCCUCAUCUGAUCGCGAGCUGGCGGACACCUCAGCAGCUGCAGGGGGGAUUUCGCGUGUGGAUCGAGCUGCAUCCAAGAAGACCAAAGAAGAUAAGGAAAAAACUGCCGGAGCAAACUGGUUCGAUAUGCCAAGGACAGACCUGACUCCACAGCUCAAGCGAGACCUACAGCUCAUCAAGAUGCGUAAUGUCUUAGACCCGCACCGUCAUUACAAAAAGGAUAAUACUGCUCUUCCAGAGUAUUCUCAGGUCGGAACGAUCAUUGAGGGCAACACAGAGUUCUUUUCCUCGAGGAUCACUAAGAAGGACAGAAAACGGACCAUUGCAGAGGAACUCAUGGCUGAUGAAGGGAACCGCAAAAGGUUCAAAAAAAAAUACGAAGAGAUCACAAGCAGCAAAAGGAGCGGCAAGAAAGAGUUUUACAGAAAGCUCCUUGCGCAGAGGGGCAGCUCAAAAAUUUAA